AUGACAAGCACCCAUGUUUCUCUCUUCCUUAGCUUUGCAUUCCUCUUAUAUGUGAAUUUGGUUUUUUGUUUUCCAGUGGUGGGAGGAAGUAAGGUGACAUUCACAAACCGAUGUCAAUACACCGUAUGGCCAGGAACACUAACUGGAGACCGAAAGCCACAACUAUCAUCAACAGGUUUUGAGUUAAGAUCCGGAGAAGCAACCUCAUUGAACCUUCCAUCUCCUUGGUCGGGUAGGUUUUGGGGCCGAACCCGAUGCUCCCUCAACAACGGAAGGUUCAGUUGUGCCACCGCUGAUUGUGCAUCUGGUAAAGUUGUGUGCAACGGCGCCGGUGCAAUUCCACCAGCAACUUUGGUAGAAUUGACAGUAGCAUCAAAUGGGGGACAAGAUUUCUACGACGUGAGCAAUGUUGAUGGGUUCAACGUGCCUGUGUCUAUAACACCACAAGGUGGGAGAGGUGACUGCAAAACCUCCAGUUGUCCAGGGAACAUCAAUGCUGUGUGUCCUUCAGAGCUUCAAGUGAGAGGCUCUGAUGGAAGUGUGGUUGCUUGUAAGAGUGCUUGUUUAGCUUUUAAUCAGGAUCAAUAUUGUUGUCGUGGAGCUUACAAUACCCCAGAAAAAUGUCCACCCACAAACUAUUCUACUAUUUUCAAGAAGCAGUGUCCAAGUGCCUAUAGCUAUGCUUAUGAUGAUAAGACCAGCACCUUCACUUGCUCUUCAAGACCCGACUAUGCCAUCACAUUUUGUCCAUCCUCUUGA